GCUUUCAGGAAGCCUGGACCAAGCCAACCAUCAUAAAAGCAGGCACUUCAGCGCAAAACCCUCAGAAUCACAUCGAUCUGCACUGAAGUCAAAGGCUAAAGAAUCACUUAAAAUGGAAUUGUGCUAUGGAUUAUUUCAGGCACGUGCAUCGUGGAUCCAGUUCACUUUUAUCUGCUCAAUGCUGUGCAUGUGGACUAGUGUUGAGUCCUGGUCUUACGUCUAUUCAAACAAAUCAAUGAAAUGGGACGAUGCACGUAAUUGGUGCAAGGAGAGCUACACAGACAUGGUGGCCAUCCAGAACCGGGAGGAGAUCGAGCAUCUUAACAACUGGCUGCCCAAAAAAAAGGGCUACUACUGGAUAGGGAUCCGUAAGAUCAAUGAUGUCUGGACCUGGGUAGGAACCAACAAAACUCUGACAGAAGAAGCAACAAACUGGGCAAAAGGAGAACCAAACAAUGGCAAAACUGGACAAAGUGUAGGAGUCAGUGAGGACUGUGUGGAGAUGUACAUUAAACGAGACCAAAAUCCAGGCACGUGGAAUGACGAGAGGUGUAUGAAAAAAAAGACUGCUCUGUGCUACACAGCGGCUUGUAAGAUUGACUCCUGUUUGCAUGGAGAGUGUGUUGAAACCAUCAACAGCCACAAAUGUGAUUGCUUUGAAGGGUUUUUUGGAGACAAGUGUGACCAAGUUGUGCAGUGUAACAAAAGUGAGGUGAUUGUGCCAGAUAAAGGACAUGUAAAU